AUGGAGCGCACGAUAUUUUUGGUUUGUUUGGUGUUGGGAGUUGUGUUUUUAACGUUUUACCUGACAAAACUUGAAGAUAGAUUCCACAAGAAACUAGAAGAAAAAGUAAGUGUUAUUCAGAGCCUGCGUGAAGAGAAUGUGAGCAUGGUAAAGAAGGAACUUGGGGAUACAUUCCAGAAGAAACUGGAAGAAAAAGUAAGUGUUAUUCAGGGCCUGCAAGAAAAGAAUGUGGGCACGGUAAAGAAGGAAUUUGAAGAUAGAUUCCAGAAGAAACUGGAAGAAAAAGUAAGUGUUAUUCUGAACCUCCAAGAAAAUAAUAUGGGCAUGGUAAAGAAGGAAUUUGAAGAUAGAUUCCAGAAGAAACUGGAAGAAAAAGUAAGUGUUAUUCAGAGCCUGCAAGAAAAGAAUGUGGGCAUGGUAAAGAAGGAAUUUGAAGAUAGAUUCAAAAAGAAACUGGAAGAAAAAGUAAGUGUUAUUCAGAGCCUGCAUGAAAAGAAUGUGGGCAUUGUAAAGAAGGAACUUGAAGAUAGAUUCCAGAAGAAACUGGAAGAAAAAGUAAGUGCUAUUCAGAGCCUGCAUGAAGAGAACGUGGGCAUGGUAAAGAAGGAACUUAAUGACAAAUUUUAUUCGUUAAACGCUGACCUUAGCAAUAAACUAUUGAUAUUAGAGUUGGAUCCAGAGGUAUCCCGCAUUUUUAUAUGGAAGAUAACAAGCUUUGAAGACAAAUUGAGGCAAGGAAAAAACAAUGAAUUGAAGUACAUUAAUAGUUUUCCGUUUUACGCGUAUGGCUACAAACUGAUGCUAAGAUUGUAUCCAAAUGGUGCUGACUUCGGAGAGACCACUCAUCUCUCCAUAAAUAUUGUUGUAAUGAAAGGUGAAUAUGACGCCGUAUUACCUUGGGGGUUCUCAAAGACGGUAACAUUUACGUUAAUAGAUCAACAAGAUGAUCCAAAUCAACGACAAAACGUUGUUAAGGGAUUUACUUCCGACCCAAACAGUAAAGCCUUUGUAAAGCCUGUAGAAGAGAAGGCCCGUAAAGGACAUGGAUUCCCAAAAUUUGUUUCUCAUAACGACCUCAGGAGAAGACGCUUUAUUGUUAACGACACCUUAUUCAUUAAAGUUCAAAUAGAUUCACCAAAAGCUAAGACGUCAUGGUUUUAA